CUUGGUGACAGCACAGAGGGAGGGAGUAUAAAAGGUCAGCUCUGGGGGGGUUUAGUCAGGACAAGAGGAAUUUGGUGUAACUACACAGGAUAUAUUACAAGCUUGCAGAUCAUGGGGGACUUUGACGCAGUUCUGAAGUACUGGGGACCAGUGGAAGCAGACUACACUGGCUAUGGGAGCCUGGUUUUGAACCGUUUAUUCACGGAGCACCCGGAGACCCAGAAGCUGUUCCCCAAAUUUGUCGGCAUCCCUCAGGGUGAGCUGGCCAGUAGCUCUGCUGUUGCUGACCAUGGAGCCACCGUGCUAAAGAAACUGGGCGAACUGCUGAAGGCCAAAGGCAACCAUGCUGCCAUUCUCAAACCUCUGGCCAACAGCCAUGCAACAAAGCACAAGAUCCCCAUUAACAACUUCAAGCUGAUCUCUGAGGUCAUCGUUAAAGUCUUUGCAGAGAAGGCUGGACUCGAUGCCGCUGGACAACAGGGCCUGAGGAACGUGAUGAGCAAGGUCAUCGCUGACCUUGAGGUCAGCUACAAAGAGCUGGGCUUCACAGGCUGAGACUGACUUACUACUCUUCCAUACAGAGCUAAAGACAUGAAAAAUAUCCACAUGCAAAUGAUUUAUAGGGAAAUUAAAAGCCUCAAUCUGUAUGUUACACUUUCUGGAAUCAGUUUGAUUCAGAGUUGCUUGGUUUACUGUAUUCAACUGCUUUACACCUAGUGUCACUCAGAAAUUAACAGCUUUGUGUUUCAGCUAAAUAAAAUUCUUGAACU